CCCGUCCCGCAGCUUCACUUUCCCCAUUCUCCUUCCAAUCCACCACUCCGCCGCUAGGGUUUUUAAGUUUUAGUCCCACAGCAGCGGCGGCCGUCGGCGGCGACAACCAAACCCCCGCGGGAUCCCGAGCGAACUCGAGCGAGAGAGAUGAGGCUCCUCACGCACAACUUCCUGGCGUCGAACGUGAAGGGCGUGAGCACGGGCUACCCGCUCGCGCUGGAGGUCGCCAAGACGUCCAUCAAGGAGGUGGAGCUCAACGUCGACUUCCUCCGCGGGAUCCUUCCCAAGAUCGACUGGCGGGCGCUCUUCGCCGCCACCAGCGCCGCGGGGUUCCCGGAGCUCCUCGCCGCAGAGCAGCCGCCCGAGGCGGAGCUCUUCGCCGAGGGCGCCGCGGACGUCGAAGGCAGCGCGAUCCGCCGCCUCCACCACGCGCUCCUCGAGAUCCACGUCGAGGAGGGCACCCUCGUCUGCCCCGACAGCGGCCGCUCCUUCCCCAUCCUGAAGGGCGUCCCCAAUAUGCUUCUCCAUGAGGACGAGGUGCGGCACUGACUCGCGUGCAGCACCAGCCGGCUGCCUUGCUUGCUUGUUUGCUCGUGCCACAUACGGUUAUGCACUUCCAGGGCUUGGACUCCUAAGAUUGUGUGUAUGAACUAUCCUAGUAUGAAUUGUGGAUCUUGAAGUCGUACCUUGAUAAAUACUACUACCUGUGACGUUUUGCUCCAAA